UGCCCGCCCACUUUAAGCACAUGACUUGUGGUACUCAAGCGAGCCACAACAACAGAAAUUUCCACAGUGUUGUCCAGCUAAAUGUUAGCCUAGCCGGUAUCUUUUCGGCGCUUUUUCCCUGUCGUUGGUUGUUAGUAGUUAUUCAAAAUGAAGCUUCAGUGCUUAGUCGUAGCUGUGUGCUUCAGCGUGGGUGUAAUGGCCGGGAGAUACUCCCGUGAAAUGAACGAGCAGAAGCCGAGCAGCAGUGAUGGACUGACUGUGGAGUUCAGGAUAGCUAAGCUGAACCAGGUGUGGGAGAAAGCUAAAAGGAUGCAGCUGUCACCUGUGCGGCAGGCAGAGCUGCACAGUGACCUGAAGAUCCAGGAGAAGGAUGAGAUGCUGUGGAAGAAGUUAAAGGUGGAGGGGCUGGAUGAGAACGGGGAGAAGGAGGCCCAGCUGCGACGCAACUUCAAUGUGAUCUUGGCCAAGUAUGGAAUGGAUGGGAAAAGAGACACUCGACCACUCGAGAGCAACUACCUGAAGGAUCACGAUAUCAAAGAGGGAGACAUAUUUGAUGAUCCCAGACUGGACAAACUCUGGAACAAGGCCAAGAGCUCAGGGAAGUUCUCCAAUGAGGAGUUGCUGAGCCUGAAGAGGGAGUUCCAACAUCACAAGGACAAGAUUCAUGAGUACAACAUUCUCAUGGACACCAUCAGCAGGACGGAGGAGAUACACAAGAAUGUGAUUUCUCCCAUGGAGGGCGACACCAAAGAGCAUGUGUUGCACCAGAAGCACACGGACCUGAAGCAUAAAAUGAGAGACUUGAACCAGGGCUUCGAGCGCCUCCGAAAGCUCAGCCAUGAGGGCUUCAGUGAAGACAGCGAGUUUCGGGAGCCCCGUGUGAUUGAACUGUGGGAGGCUGCCAAGAGAGCCAACCUCAGUGAAGAUGAGCUGGACUCUCUCAAGGAGGAGCUGCGGCACUUUGAGACCAAGGUGGAGAAGCACAGCCACUACCAGGAGCAGCUGGAGCUUUCCCACCAGAAGCUGCAACAUGUGGAGGCGUUGGGGGACAAAGAGCACAUCAAGAAGACACAGGAGAAGUACCAUACACUCGCUGAGAAGACCAGAGAGAUAGGCUACAAGAUGAAGAAACACAUGCAGGACUUGUCCAACAAGAUCUCUCGUCAAGGACUCGACCACAAUGAGCUCUGAUAGCCUUGGAUCAUCACGAAAGAAGAAAGAAAGAAUGAACUCAAAUAAUUCCUUCCUCAACCACACACGACAUUCCUCUAUUCUCCUUCAACUACUGUACAAAAAAAAAAUCAAUGUUUUCUACUUUUCUAGUGUUAUUAGUUGUUGAUUUGUCUAAAAACAGCUGAAUGAAUGAAUGAAUGAAUGAAUUACAGGGUUGUUCGUACAUAUUCAUAUGUGAGAUUUCUUAUAAAUCAGCUGGACUUUUUGUGAUGAAUAACUGAUAGGAUUAUCAGUCACAGUACAGAUGACAUGAAGGUGGAAUAGUUCAUCAAGUAUUCUGAUACUCUAUCGCAACAUUUAUUUGUAGAACUAAUGGCAGGCAGGUGUAGAGGAAAAGUCGGAGAAUGUGGCAGUACUCUUACAAAGCCAAAUACUGUGUGGGUGGUUGGAGAGGGAUGGAGCAGCAGUUGAGUCACUCUAAACCAGAUGAUGUAGUUAAGCUGCCGAGGGAUGGUUCCAGUCUUGGGGAGCAGCCAACUGACUGCAUGAAUACUUCAUCCAGUCAGAAUAUUGGCUCAGUGGCAGCCAAACAAUUUGUCCAAACCCGUCAGUCUUUUGCAGUGCAAGUAAUAAAUGCUACAUCAGAUUGGCUGUUACUACUAUAGUACAUCAUAAUUUGAUCGGCUGAAAUAUUGUCAAGUUACUGCUAUUGCCUAAUCAGCAUUACAUUAAGACUUCAGGAUAAAAGCAACCCAGAAACAUGAAAAUGUAACAGCAAUCUUUAAUAUUCAGUAAGAUACGGGUGCCAACAACAUACAAACAGUAAUACUUUAAAAAUAUAGUUUCAUAUCAUUCAUACUGUCUUAGCAUAAAUAAAAGCAGUCAGUAUUUACAAGUUGGGUAGAGGACGGCAGUCCCUGUAGUGACAUUAGCAAGCUAGUCUCAGCUAAAAGUUUUUCUAACUCAUUCUCAAGUUGUUUCUCUCUCGUCGUCUUCACCUCAGAAACACUGGUGGGGAGCCGCCACCAUAAAAAUAAAUUAGUGUCAAAUAUU